CUGUGGCCUGUGCGGGGUUCUGGGUCCCUCCUCCUCACGCGGCGGUUGUUAUACUCUAGCUGCGGGGCUCUCGCGAGGGUGAUGGAUUUUGAGAAUCUUUUCUCCAAACCCCCCAACCCGGCCCUGGGUAAAAAACCGGCCACGGACUUUGAUGAAAGAAUCGAUGAUGGAAUAGAUGAUACAGAAGUUGAAGAAACACAAGAAGAGAAAAUAAAAUGGGAAGUAAAACUGGAAUGUGAGCAAAUACCCAAAAAAUUCAGGCACUUUGGGAACUCUACAACAUCACCGAAGAAUUUGCAAUAUAGAAAAUCAAGAAGUAAGGACUAUGAUGUAUAUAGUGAUAAUGAUAUCUGCAGUCAGGAAUCAGAAGAUAAUUUUGCUAAGGAGCUUCAGCAGUAUAUACAAGCUAAAGAAAUGGCAAAUGCUGCUCAAUCCUUACCAUUUCCUGAAGAAAGAGUGAAGAAAGAGGGAGUGAAGGAUACCCAAAAAGCUGUUAAACAAAAAAAUAAAAACCUUAAAGCUGUUCAGAAAAAUGGUAAACAGAAGAAAAUGAAGCGGAAAUGGGCUGGCGCUGGACAGAAAGGAUCAAACGCUUCACUGCGGAACAGUGGCUCACAGGAACAGGAUGAUAAACCUAAAGAGAAGCAGCAGCAUGUGAGAAUGAGUCAGGGAUUCAUCAACCAACAUACAGUGGAACGCAAGGGGAAACAAAUUUGUAAAUAUUUUCUUGAAAGGAAAUGUAUUAAGGGAGACCAGUGUAAAUUUGAUCAUGAUGCAGAGAUAGAGAAGAAAAAGGAAAUGUGUAAAUUUUAUGUACAAGGAUAUUGUACCAGAGGUGAAAACUGUCUGUAUUUGCAUAAUGAAUAUCCUUGCAAGUUUUACCAUACAGGAACAAAAUGUUAUCAGGGUGAAUAUUGCAAGUUUUCACAUUCUCCACUGACUCCUGAAACACAAGAAUUGUUGGCCAGAGUUUUGGAUACUGAAAAGAAGUCAUCAUGAAAAUAAAAGGCAUAAAAAAGUUUUGUACAGAUGAAGAAUGCUUAUGCCUACGCCUGUUCAAGACUGUGGAUUUGGAGUGGUUUACAAGAGUCCUCAUUUAAAGCGCCCUCUUGUGUCAUUGUGAUGUUGUGCAUCUUCUUUAAUGGAUGGUGCGGAGGGGACAGAAUCUAGUGUGCAAGUGAGGGAAUUAGUCUGCACCAAGAUGUUCCAGCCAGUGGAACAGGAGAGGAACAUCUAUGGCAGGGAUGCUGGCUGGUAGGUCACUGUUGUGCUAGUAAAUUGCAGAAGUCUUUUCUGAUUGAGUUUUGUCACUAAAAUAGGAAGCAAGAUUAGGCUGAGAAUGGAUGAAGAGGUGUAAGAGAUUGAAGAGAGAAAACUGUUAGGUUUCUCUAAGAAGACGUUGGGAUAAUAGGUAGAUGAUGACUAUAUGGUUAGAUCUUUUCAUAUCAUUAAAUAUAUUUGCAACAUUUUUAUGGUUGCUCACAAUUUUGUUUUAUGUCUUAAAUUAUGGUUUUGUGAUUUUUUUUUUAAACCACUUCCCAGUUUUUUCCAAUUUCUUACUAUUGUAAAUAAAACGGAACAGUCUCUUGCUAUGCCAUUCCUACA